CACGUGUUUUGUGACACAAACCGCAGAUUAUAACGGAUGGAAAAUUUUAACAAUGCUCCAAUCAAAUGGAUUCACUUUCUCUGCUGCUUGUUCCCAAAAAUCGCAAAGUAGAAUUCGAAGUUGAGGUUUUUAUUCAAGAAUUAGCAAAUGUUCCCUUAGUAACAGGUCUUUACUAUGUAAAAUUGAAAUUAAAAAAUGGAGAGAAGUCAAAUAGUAUGACUAGUCGAGCACCUAUUAAGGAUCAUUCUAUUUUUUGGAACUAUAAAUUAGAAAAUUUUGUACAAAUUGUCAUAGGGAAAGAUGGUGUUUUAAUGCCAUGUGAACUAAAUCUUAAAAUUAAACAAGAAUUAAAUGGAGGUAAAGAAAUAAAUAAUAUUGGAAAAUUAUCGUUAAAUCUUUCCGAAUAUGUUGGAUUAAAUGCAAUGACUCGAAGAUACUUGUUACAAGACAGUAAAAUCAAUUCGACACUUAAAUUAACAAUUAAUAUGAAACAAACUAUAGUAAAUUCUAGUAGUUAUAAAGUACCGCCCCUCAAAAAAACGCAAAUUUUUGGUGGAAUUGCAGGAGUAAUAUCAGAACAAAGUGAACGACAGGAUGAUGAAAGAUCACCUCGUGCUUUCAGAUCAAGCUUUAGUCCACAUCAUAUAAAGCGUUCUCGUUCGAAUUCCUCUCUUGGAUCGGCAUAUUACGCACAAGCAACCCAUGUUACUCCUAUCACUUCAUCGUUGGUGGCGAAUUCUUUUCUUCGUAAGGUUGGAGACAAGUCACCUACGGAUGUGGUUGAAGAAAUUUUUAUGGGAACAGCUGUAGUAAAUGUUGACGAGAAAGAAAAUGAUGUGUAAAAUCAUAUUGUAAAAGAAUAGACGAAAAGUAAACGUUUCAUAAUGAUGAACAAUAGUAUAUGCUUCAUUAAUAUACAUUCAGUACAAAUGCUGCUCAUUCUUCUUCUACAUUCUAACUCUUUCACUUAAUUCAACGCUUUAAUCCUCCUUUAUGCUCAUUUUAUUUUAUUAAAAUAUAUUUGGUCAUCUAUUUUACUAUAAUCGGUGUUCAGCGAUCUAUUUUUGAUCGACUGUCAAUUGUUUCAUGCAUUGAUUUACAUAUAGAUUGGUAAUAGUUAUAAAAUGUCACGGGUUAUACUAGUUACACUAAGUAAAUUCGAUUUUCUUUGAUUAAUAAUGUCUACCCUCCGAUGGUAAAUUGCUACCAAAAAUUUUCUAUUUGAAUUAGAUCAAUUAGAUCAAAUUUAAAUUUUUUAAUCAGAA